AACAUCUGGUUUUCAUAAGAGCAUCUCCCUCCAGUAGGGCUGAGGCAUGGGCGGGGUUUGAUCGAACUAAAAUAAACACCGACAUGCAGCAUCUGCUACGUGCAGCCUCAGAAGGACAGCCUAAUAGUUAAGACGACAGCUUAUUCACCAAAACCUCCACCAAGAUGAUCAAAUCCUUCAAGCAAACAUUUCUGUCCCUGGACCUGCAGUCCCCUCGGUGGAACCCAGCAGAGACAACGGCAAAGGAUUAUGAACUGCGCCAGUAUGAAACAGCUAAGUGGGUCAGCACAGUCAUCAGAGGAGAGACCCAGAAAGAAGCAUUGCGCCAGGGCUUCUGGAAACUCUUCCACUACAUCCAAGGGAAGAACGAGAAAGAGAUGAAGAUUGAUAUGACUGUGCCAGUGACAUGUCUGGUAAAGCGUGGCUGUGCAGACUUCAAGGUCUCUUUCUUUGUGCCAUUUGAACAUCAGGACUCUCCCCCCCCGCCCACAGACUCAGAUGUGUUUAUUGAGGAGCGGAAGGCAGCAGCCGUCUUUGUCCGGUCCUUCAGUGGAUUUGCCUCAACAGAGAAAUAUGCUGAGGAAGCUGAAGUCUUGGCCAGAAUCUUAAGAAACAGAGGCCAACCAUUCCACGAAGAUUUCUUCUACACUGCAGGCUAUGACAGUCCCUUCAAACUCUUCAACAGGCACAAUGAAGUGUGGUAUUUUAAGAAGUAAUGCAGGGGAGGAAUACUAAGAGGCUACUAACCAGUUCUGAAUGAAAACAGACCAUAUUAAUGGCUUUUGCUUUAGUGCAGAAGAGAUUUAAUUUGCACAUGAACACAGGAACAUCUCUAAUUCACUUUAUCUAGGAUGAAAAACUGUUCUGCCUAAGAUUUCAGUUCUCUGUUCUACAGAGAUGUCAUUGAAGUUUAAGUAGCUCACACAGGCUGGGUUAUGAGGGAGAUGAAACUUAAUUCUGUUCCUCAUACUGAAAAUCUCUUGGCAGCACUAAUCAUCUGAAAACAUUCCUGCACAAAGUGUUUGUAUGUCUGAUUCUACUUCUUGGUAGAACUGCCACAGUAAUAGUUCAAGUGUUAGAGAGUAAGUUCUUCAUAAAACUUUUCCCCUAUUGAUAUUACACCUGAAGCACCACAGAAAUAUGGGGAAGUACAUUAAAUCUUUUUUUUUUUUUAAAGAAACCUGGCACUAAUUAGCUUUGGGAAUAAAGCAAAUCUUAGCAGGCCCCAGUGCCACCUAAAUGUUUCUAUUUAACAGGAUUAUCAAAACCUCCCUCCUCUGCUUAUAGCUUUGUCUCCUGAAGGCUGAAUACUAUCUUGCCCCAGAAUAAUUAUACUCAAUCCAGCAGAAGCAUGUCAGAAUACAAGCUAUAUGUUAUUGCUCCAUUAAAGACUGUCUCUAUACUGUUUCCAUAGUUGGUGUUUUUGAGCAAUAUUUUAUCUUUUGGAAUUAUCUGACUAAAAAGCUCUUAACAGAAGUUGCAUCAGCCACUAUGGGUCUUGGAAUGAGCUAGUAUCAGCACUUCAGCAGGCUUCAGUCUCAACAAAAACAAAGCUCUCCAAGUAGCUGCAGUCCAAUAAAGCACCAGAUUUUCUUUAACUGCUGAAAUUAGCAUAAUUAAGUCAUGUAUUACCAGACAUACAAGUUUAGAACCAAAUAGGCGAAUCAUGUUUAGCUCCCACCUAUGAAACACUGAAUGUACUUUUUUGUAGGUUUGCCUAAAUCCAGACAGAGCAGACUGGAGUUGACAUGAGCUCUAACACUGGCAAUAGCCACACAUCCUCUACAGUAAAGAACACUUGCAGGACUAGCAUUACCUAGUUUGCUCCCUGCCCUAAAGUCAAACAUUUGAAGCUUUUGCAAAAUAGCCUAGAGCUAGCUUACAGCAAGCCCUUCAAGUCAGAAAGCAGUUGACAACAACAGGCAGAGUUUACAAAAUUUUAUUGGCUCCAAUUAGUGUAUGAGGUAAAUGUUACCACCGCAAAGUCUUGGCUUCCUAAUGCUGUUCAUGCAAGUGUAGCCCAUUAUUCUGGGAUCUUCCACCUAUUAAGUACAGCGUAAGAACCAUUAUAAGGCACCAAACCAGCACAAGAAGUUGACUGGAACAGCUCAGACCUUAGAUUUUCAUCUCUGUUCAGUGAGAGAGUUCAAGCUAAGGUUUUAAUCAUCAUUUGGUUCCAGCAAAUAAGUUUUAUUACUACAGUUACACUCACCUUUCUCAUUCCUCAUAUUAGUUUCAAAGUUGCGUCCUCACCUAAAGAAAGAAAAUGCAGUUAACACAGUAGCACAACUACUAGAAGUUCCUCUCAGCAGUUGUGUAGCCUCAGAAAGAAUGGAACGGAAGUGGUGAUAUCACAGUAACUCAUCUGGCAGAAUCAAUUUUCAUCAGUGGCUACAAAAACUCUCUACAUUUAAGAAAGAAUCUACUGUGUGAUCUUACCCAGUGAGGCAGCCGACAAUAGUUCAUUCCUAAGGAAGAGAGAAAUUGUUUCAAAAUAAGGUAUUGCUAUAUGCAACUUCAUAAAGCUAUGAAAUUCUAUACAAAUUAAUUUUAACCUAUAACAAGGCUGCAUUUUGGCCACCAAGUGACAACUUCAACAUUUAACAUUCAAAUAGAAUGCAAAAACUUAAGAUUAAUUGAAUUGGCAAUACAGAAUUACUAACAUCAGAAGAACCACAAAAAAGUAGUUGGUUAUACUUGCUUUACGAUACUGUCCCUCCCCAGAGAGAGACAGUUGGAGUAAGUUAUGACACCUAAAAUACAAGUCCCAUGAAGGACAUGUUUUUGAGAUGAGCUUAAAUAGGCAAUUUAUUGUAGAUGAGAAUGGGUCUAGUUGAGAAGUUUGUACAGUCUGGAACUUUGACUUGAUGUGUGCACAUUGAACAAAACCACAAUUGCUACCACUCAGGUGAUUUUUGCCAACUACAGGAUAUUAGUUUUUUAUUAUUAUUUCAGGAGUGCAGCAGUGUUACACUGUCAGUUCAUAAAACAGCCAGAUACAUCAGAUAAGAGUUAUGAUGGGAGUUGUAUGCUUGCUGCUGUAUUACAUUAACAAUAUUGUAUCAGCUUAAGUAGUUUUCACCAUUUAUUUCAUUUUAUUUUUUUUUUUUUUUUUUUUUUUUUUUUUUACUAUUUCCACUGUGUAAAGACAAAAGAAUAAGAAGCUUGAGUCACGGAGGCCACAUCUUUCGCUCAUACAAACUGAACUCUACAUUAAGUUUGUCAGUGAGUAUAGUUUAGAAAUUGUCAGGGUACCAAAGCUGCUGGAAAACCUCCUAUAGUGAAGUUCAUUCUUGCUCCAUGCACAUCAUUUUUAUUCCCACAAUAACUGGGAUUGGAAGAUGCACAAUAAAAAAAUAUAUCUAAUUAUGCACUAAUCUUAUGCACUUAACAUAACAGAAAUAAUGCAGAAAUUACUGGACCACCAUGAUCAAUAAAAUGUUCUAUUUUAACUUA